GAGCUGCAGCGUGGCUGGGUGCGUGCAGAGCGUCAUCGCGAACCCCAGCUUCAUUAUUGCAAUCUGCUGAGUUCCGCCUCCGGGCUCCACCACCUCCUGCACCUUCAUGUCCUCUCCCCACUGCGCGCGCAUGCCUGGGCGGUGGUGAUUCCGGCGACUCCCUUCCCUUCUCCUUCUUCCUCUCUUCUUGCGUCCGACCGCCAUGCAGAUGUCACAACGCGCCACGCUCCUUACCAGUAACCCAUACCAGCCGACGACAUCCACAUCGCACGCUUCCACAUCAACCGCCGAGACCGUCGAUCCGCAUCAACCCGGCUCCUUGCCGCCAUGGAUACACGCCAACGAUGAGCAGGCGCCCUUCAUAGAGCCAGCGCCUACACUACCCAACACGCGACAUUACAAAGUUCCCACGAAAUACCAACCCGGACGCAAACUUGACGGAUAUCGGGAUGCAGAGCCGGGACUGUUAUCUGCCCCCAUAGCGGAACACCAAGCGCGAUGGAUACCAUUUAUGCAAUCAGGGCCGAACCCCAGGGAACAUCGCGGCCAAGGGAUAGUCAGGAGCGCAUCGUGGAUGCGAGAAAAUGUGCCCAUCUACGAUAGAGGAUGGGAAGAGGAAGACGAAAUACAUCUGGACAACAAGAGACCGCGUGGGUUUCGAGGCCUGCUCUUCCGAGGGAAAUGGCUGAUCAGCCCGGAGAGGCAGGAGAGAAGUGUGCGAUUUUUCUGGCGUCUACUGCUUAAGAACGCUUUCGUGCCCUUGGUCUUCCGUCUUGUGGUACUGGCAUUCUCUUGUGGCGCGUUGGGCGUUGCGGCCACUAUACUACGAACCGUGAACAGAGUCAACAGGGACAAUGAUCGCUUUAACCAGUGUGCUCCCCGCGCCUCGACGUAUAUGGGCAUCAUUGUACCAGCUUUUGCGAUACCCUACAUUGGAUACAUAACAUGGGAUGAAUAUACAUCGAAACCUCUCGGAUUGCGUUCAGUGGCUGCUAAGACGCUGUUACUGCUCUGCGAUCUCUACUUCAUCGUCUUCUCCGCCUCAAAUCUCUCCCUGGCCUUCAGCGCCCUAGCAGAUUCCAGUUGGGCGUGCUAUGAGCAAGGAACGCAAAUCAUUGGCGACAUACCACUUCAAAUACCGAAAACAUGCCCUAACAACGCAGAAAUUUGCUACAAACAGAAAGCUCUGAGUGGAGUGCUACUGAUCAGCCUGGUGGCAUGGCUUCUGUGUUUCAGCAUCAGUGUUUUGAGGGUAGUGGAGAAGCUGCGGCUAGAGUACUAGCAUGCCUUGCGACGCCACGGCCUCGGACUGCCCAAGAGAAGGAAUGAAAAAUUUCUCGUUCCUCGGCGCGAGAGACUUUGACGACUGAUGAAUGAUGAUUCGGCGUUUGGGAGGAUUCGAUACCCUGAGCGUUCUGAGUUGUAGCUCUUUUGUAUAUAUUGGAUGCAUUGGGACAAGCAUAAGCGCGGCGCUAUGGGCAGCAAUUGGGAUUGGCAUACGCUUUAGUAGCGAUUGGGAACACCCUAUACAGCUGAAAAGGCCUGAAGGUCAGAAUUGAAUAAUGAACUGAAAGCCAUCAUUUUGGC